CUCCCUUUGCCCCCCUUCAGACAAGAUCUCCCAUCUUUUUGCCUUCUACAACCAUGUCUGUUCUAACUCCCAAAACUCCCUCCAAAGAAGAGCUGAGUUUGAGAAAGCUAACCGACGAUGUCGUUGCGGGUCAUAUAUAUGCUAAGCAUCGUGACGACGACGACGAAAAGACCAAAAUUGAUGUCAAUAAUUAUAUUUCAUUUCUCGAAAGCACUCUUGCAAAUGUUGAUCAAAUCAGUGAAGCUUUUUCUCGAGGACACGACGGACGUGUGGUAUAUUCAGACGAUUCUUAUAAAACCACCGUGACUGUUGAUCCUCCAGCUGAUAUUCUUCAGAAAAUUUCUAAUGAGUUGGCAUUCAAGACUCCGGGGAUAGAGAAAGCUCAUCAAACUACUCUUGCCAUCUUCGACAUAUUGAUUAGCCAUCCUUGGGAAGCCAAGGCAAUUCUAACUCUCGCAGCAUUUGCUACUGACCAUGGAAUCAUAUGGCACCUUAACCAUCACUCUAAUGCUGACCCACUGGCUAAGUCCUUGGCCACAAUGCGCCAAUCAACCUCAUUGAAGAAGCAUUUGGACUCCAUCAAGUAUCGACAAGUAGUUCUUAGCCCCAACAGUCUCAUACACAGUUGCUUGCUGGUGAUCAAACGCAUGAAUCAAGUCAGAAUUUUCUCCAAAUAUGAUUCCAGCGAAACUCCUGAGUUGUCAUCUGCCCUUCGCCAAAUCCCGCUGUUUACUUACUGGGUUAUACACGCUAUUGUGGCUUCGAGAACUGAGAUCUCCAGCUACCUGACAGGCACCGAGAGUCAAUCUCAGCAAUACCUGAAUGAAUUGAGUGAGAGACUCAAUGCCAUCCUCAGUAUACUUGAAAGCCAACUUAAUAUUAUUGGAGAACAGCAAGAAGAACUUAAUCUAUAUAGGUGGCUUGUUGAUCAUAUCGAUCAGUUUCCUACUGAAAUAACAUUGGUUGUGUCUAAGCUGCUCGAAGGCAAGACUAAUGCCAAGCCUUUAAUCAAUGGUUUGACUCACAAGGAGGAAAGAAUCGAAGAUGCUUUGGGAGGAAAGAAUGUGAUAUUACUUGUUUCCGGAUUGGACAUUUCAGAGGAAGAUCUUCGAGCUCUUCAUUUAGUUCACGAUGAGCUGAAAAAAGAGGACAAUUACAAGAUUGUAUGGAUUCCUGUGAUGAAUUCAGAAGUUUUUGAUGAAGAACAGAGCCGUAAAAGGUAUGAGCAUGUGAGAUCAGCAAUGAAAUGGUACGUAGUCCAAUAUACUACAAAAAUUGCUGGACUGAGAUUUGUAGAAGAGAAGUGGCAACUUAGAGACGAUGCUUUAAUGGUGGUGCUUGACUCCAAAUCCAAAGUAAAAUUUACAAAUGCAAUUCAUUUACUUCGUGUUUGGGGAACUAAUGCUCUUCCUUUUUCCAAUGAGAGGGCAAAUACCUUAUUGAGAAAGAAUUGGCCAGAAUCAACCAUUGUCAAAUUCAGUGACCAACCAAGAUUACAAAGUUGGAUCAAUCAAGAAAGGAGCAUUAUAUUCUAUGGAGGGAAAGAUCCCGAAUGGAUCCAACGAUUUGAAGAGAAAGUGGUGGACAUCAAGAAUGAUAGACUGAUGAAAGACAAUGGCAUAGCAUUUGAGAUUGUACCAAUAGGGAAUAACUCCAAAGGAGCUGAAAAUUCUAGGUUCAUGUCUCGUUUUUGGAUCACACAAUGGGGCUUUUUUGUACUCAAAAGUCAAUUAAUUGGUUCAAGUGCAAGUGAAACAACAGAAGACAUCUUGCGACUGAUAUCUUAUGAAAAUGAAGAUGGUUGGGCCGUUCUGGUUGUGGGCUCUGCACCUCUUCUUGUAGGUCGUGGGAAUUUGGUUUUGGCUGUGUUUGAAGACUUCAACAAAUGGAAACACAAUUUGAACAUGAAAGGCUUCCCCAAUUCUUUCAAAGAUCAUUUCAAUGAGUUGGCUCCCACGGCUCAUCAAUGUGAAAGAGUAACUCUUCCUGGGUUCAGUGGAUGGAUUCCUAUGAUAGUCAAUUGCCCCGAGUGUACUCGCUUUAUGGAGACGGGUAUUAACUUCAAGUGCUGCCACGGUCGCGGUGCUAACAAAUAAGAAACUUGAGUUUAUGCUGAAUUUACUAUAAUACUAGCAUAUAUAUAUUCUACUAAAUAAUAAUGUCUUCCACACGGGAAGAAGUAGAAGUUUCCGUUGAGGAGGCUCUCGAACCUGAUAUGGAUCCAACACACAUUAGUGCAUCUCAUGUAUGCCCAUUAGGGUGGGCACAUGGUCAACAACGAUAUUCAAAAUGUUUUGUGUGCUACAUAUUUCAAUGAUAUGAGUUUAGAGUGUUGUUUUAUUAUAAUAAAGUAUACAUGGUUAA